AACCAAAGUCUUCAUUGACUUCAUCACUGUCCUUCAUGGGCAGUAGCUAGUCAGUGAGGAAUGCCAGUCUGCACCACCUGAAGGAGGUUUGAAAACCAAAACCUUCCAAACUGAGUCCCUGUUUCAGGACAUAAGGGCUCUCAAAUCUUUCCACGGUCGUCUGCUGGCGUAGCUCUGCUCCUUCUACUUCUGUCGGUAGCUUUAGGGUUUGGGCACACAACCAGGAUUUCUGGAGCGUCUACAACAAUAUUCCUCCUGUGACAAAUUUGCCUCUGAGAUGUAGUUACCAUUUAAUGCGGGGAGAAAGACGGCCGCUUUGGGAAGAGGAAAGCAAUGCCAAAGGAGGUAUAUGGAAAAUGAAGGUCCCUAAAGAAAGUACGGCUGCAGUUUGGAAAGAGCUACUGUUAGCAACUAUUGGAGAGCAGUUUACAGACUGUUGUGCAGCAGAUGAUGAAGUAAUAGGGGUUAGUGUCAGCGUUCGUGACCGUGAAGAUGUUGUGCAAGUCUGGAACGUGAAUGCCUCUUCAGCAAGUGAAGCAAAAGUUUUAGAAAAGAUACAUAAACUUCUGCCACACACAUCUUUUAAAGCAGUCUUUUAUAAAUCACACAGAGAGCAUCACGCUUUUGAAGGCUGAUGUGGAAAACAUUAAGCGCAGUCUGUGCCAAGCUCAUUUGUUGUUAUUUGGUGUUUUGAGGUGGUGUGGACAAGAAGGAUGGUGGAAGCCCUGCAGAAGUGCUACACGCAGUGGCCUUCUUGAGUUUCUAAUAUUUCAAACUGGGAAAACGAGGGAAAAGAGUCGCCUUGACCGCUAAACGUGGAAUUCAUUACUUCUGGUUUGGUUGGGUUUCUUAAAUUUUUCAUUGUUUCUUUAAAAAGAUAUUUUGGCCACGUGUUGUUUUCAAUCAGAUGGUGUUUGUUCCUAUUUCAUUAAGGUAGCAGGCUUUCAUUUCUUCUGUACUGUACUUAGUUAAAUGCAAACGUGUACAAAGAUGGUACGCUGCUUUUCCUAGAUGUGCUGUACGUAGAGGAAUACUGGCUUGGUGAAAUGUGUUUUCAGUUUUCAUUUUGAAACAUUCCUAUCAUGUUAAGAUUUACUGACUGGUUUUGUCCCAAGAGAGGAAAAAAUUGCACUGCAUUUAUUCUAAUAUUCAAUGUAAUCUGGUCUUGCACUGACAGUGGCACACAUACUGUAAAAGUAAAUAGUAAAGUGUUCGCUAAACAAGUGACUAAAGAGAACACAUUUAUUUUGGGACUAACCCUCUGUGGGAUGAUGUUAACAAGUGUUUUAAUUGUAGUGAUUUCAAAAGAGCCCUUGUUCAGACUAGAAUAAGACAUCUUUCAGCAGGAAACCCUGCAAACUCCCCACCUCUCUCAUUUCAGAGGGGAUGGGGUUUUUUAAUGGUUUUAUAUUGUAUGCUUUCUCAUGGUAUUUUUUUCAUGAAUGUACAGAAAGUCUCAUGAAUCAUUUCUAACGCAUUAGACUAACUGGAUCCAUCCAUCACACUUCUCUGAGUAUUUUAGGCCCGUGGCUGCACCCACAAAGGUCAGUAUUAGAAUUGCUGUUGACUUCAGUGCAAAGGAAGAGAUCCCAUCGUAUGUAGUUUCAAGCCAUCGCGACUUCCUAAGUGACCUUUUAAAAAAAAAAAAAAAAAAUACAGAAAAGAAAUUGGUUUUGUGCUGCAGUGUGAAUAUGAGUAUAAACAGUUAUGAAUAUAAACAGUGUUAAUCUUUAAAUGUUUGUCUAUAUUAAUUAUUUGAGGUGUUGGUUUGUUUUAAUAUACUACCAAAGAUUGAUGUAGUGCCUUGUACAAGAAGAAGCUGCAAGGUAGAGAUCAACGUACACUCCACUGAGCAUUGCUUCAUUGUUAAGAGGUUUUUGUUUGGCAACUGUUCAAGUUGCACUGAUUUCCACAUCUUUAGUAUACGAAGAGGCAGCCAUUAAAAUCAAAUAAAUUUAAAAAUAAGAAUUGCACACUUGAGAUUUUUUUUACAACUUUAUCUGUAUUUAUGAAUUAAAACUGUGCAGUUAAUGAGCAUUAUUAAUUAAACAAAUUUUCUAAAAUCCAAAUGUCUUGCUUCGGUAAUUGCUUUCUGAGAUUAAAUGUUGCUGGUCCUGCUUUUUUAAAUGUGUGUAUUUUUCAGUAAAACUUAUUCUCUUAGAAGCUAUCUGUUUUGUUCAUAGAUUAAAAAUAUUUUUAAAUCCAUUUUUUUGUGUUAUUAAAUCAGAAGGGAGCCCUGAA